GCAUGGUGUUACCUUUUUAAAUUUGGUUUCAGGGACAGUAAUUUUCCUUUCUUAGGAACUAGUUUGUUCCUUUCUGUUUUUUGUUUAAUAAUGUUGAGGUGUCAUGAUAAUUGUUAUUAAAUUCAAAUAAAACAUUAUUUUAAAAAUUUUAUAUAAGUGGAAAGUGUUAAGUGGCCGCUAAAUUAAUGAAAAAAUGUCAUUUCUUGAUCCAGCGCAUGAACAAGUUAUUGAGAGCUUUAUGAAAGGAGAUUGGGAAGCUGUUAUUGAAGCCCAAGCCGUAUUGAAUGAACCUUAUUUCUUGUGGCCAAAACCAAACAAAAAUGAUCUAUAUUUCAUUUCAGAUUCAAUGAAAAGAUUAAAUAUAGAAAGAAUUUUAAGUAUAGGAUGCGGAUGUGGUUUGUUAGAAUGGCUUCUGAUGGUUGCAAGUGGUGUAAAAGUAACUGGGAUAGAAAUAGAUAAAAAUUACUGGAAAUCAAAAUACGCAAGAAAAAGCUUUAUUGACUUAGUUUUUCCACAAGAAGAAGCCUUCUCAGAAAACAUCUGUAAAGAUAACAAUGCUUUAAUGUUCUGCUAUUUCAAUGAUAUGGAUGCUUUCCUAGAAUAUCUCAAUAUUUAUCCAGGCCAUUGUUUAAUAAUCAUAGGACCUGAAAAUUGUGGAAGGCAUACUGCACCUAGUCCAUAUGAUGAAAACAUUCCAAAUGAAUGGCAGCUUUGGAAAAUGAGAGAAAUUGCUACCACAGGAGACUAUAUUUGUAUAUAUACCAAAAGAAAAUUAAAUAUUUUGUAAUUUAAAUAAUUAAAUAAGCAGAAUAGGUUUUGGAGAGAUGUGACAAAAUUUUGUGAGAUGUAACAAAGUAGUUGAUUACCUCUAUAGCUAUGCUAAAUUUUCAUAUAUGCAAUUUAUAAAGUUGAUUAUUAAAUAAUGAUUAUUGUAAACUCUAAUAAAUGCAUUCUAGAUAUUAUAAGUACACCUAAAUGUUGUAGAUAUACCAAAAUGCAUACUAAAUACUGCAUGUGCACCAAAAUGCAUUCUAGAAUAUUGCAAAAUUAAGUUUUUUGACUAUGAAAUUAAUAGUGACAGAAAUAUGGGACCUACUACAAAUAUAUAUAAACUAUUAAUUAUCAAGAGUAGUUUACUGAUAUUUCUGUUUCAUAUUGUAAAUAAAUUAUUUAAUGAAAUACUGAUCAAUAUAUUCUCUAGUUAUAAAAUCAUUCAAAGGAAC